AUGCUGUAUUUUCGAAAUUUCUUACGAUUCCAAACAGCUCGAGUUUAAUUACGUGUUUUGUGAUUUUAAGCAUCCAGCAUUAAGUGCCACUCUCGUAUACUCCGUGCACCUGUAAUUGCCAUCACUUCUAUUUCGGAUAAGUGAUACAUUCGGAUGGAUACAUACACAUUUCAUAGUUGUAUAAUAUAUUCACUUACUACCAAUUUACAUUUAUAUAAGCAUAUACUCAUAUGACUUAUAGUUGCCUUAAUCAGUGCCAAAAAAAUAAUCUAUCUACUGUGCAUUUGUACCUGUUAUGCAUUUUAAGUGAACGAAGCGUUCGAGUUAGUGACAGUGAAAUCCUUACCGCCCAACGAUCGAAGAAUUGCUAUUUAAUCAACGCACUCUAUGUAAUCAAUACUACGAAUCCAACAAUCCAACACCAACAAAAAUGCAUAUCUUACACCGGACCAAUGACCAUCAAUUUGAGGAUCAAAAAUUUAUGAUGGAACGCCUUAGUGGCCAUGGUAGCUUGGGUCUUUCUAGUAGUAGCCCGGCUUAUACAACACAUUCGGGAGGCCACUCGGGCAGGGGUGGCCCAACCUCCGGACACAGUGGACAUAGCGGCACCCAUGGGUCGACGGCCACCAUGCAUCAUCAAUCACUGCAGUCUGAUUUUCAGCCUCCAUACUUUCCGCCACCAUUUCACCACUCAGCUCAAAGCCCUCCCCAGCAACAGAACCAUGGUCCGCUCGAAUACUUGGGAACGGAUCCCUACGGCCAACCGUUAUCUUCACUGCACCAUGCCCCUCUUCAUCACUACAAUCAGUUGGCAGGCCUCAGAUCCACGCAGGAUCAACUGGGCAUUCAUAGAACUCAUAGGGACGAUUUGCAAGGCCAUGUUACUCAACUAUCCCAUGGGUUUCCAUACACGGAAAGAAGAAGUGAUUACGGCAGUGCAAUAUCUGCAGGAGCAGCUCACGGCACCAGACUUGGACAUGAACAUGAAUCUCUAGCAUUGCAUCAAGCGUUGCAGAAUGCUGUUGAUGACGUCCAAGCUCCUGCUUUGGAUGAUAAUGUGGCUUUUAUGUCAGAUUUACCUCUGAUAAAAAGCAUGAAAAGUGGGAAGGACGCUGGAAGCAUAGGUUCAGGAUCGCCAAGUGAAGUAUUUUGUGCAGUCCCUGGCAGACUCAGUCUUUUAUCAAGUACUUCAAAGUAUAAGGUUACAAUUGCGGAAGUCCAGCGUAGAUUGUCGCCGCCCGAGUGCUUGAAUGCAUCUUUACUGGGUGGUGUUCUAAGAAGGGCAAAGAGCAAAAAUGGAGGCCGGCUACUAAGAGAAAAGCUCGAGAAGAUAGGACUAAACUUACCAGCCGGACGGCGAAAAGCUGCAAACGUAACACUGCUAACAUCUUUAGUCGAGGGUGAAGCAACGCACUUGGCCAAAGACUUUCAUUUUGUUUGCGAAACUGAGUUUCCAGCUAGGCAACUGGCAGAAUAUAUUGUGCGCCAUCAAACGGAACCCCAGGAUUCGUAUCGGCGGAAAGAGAUUAUUCUUCACUCUCAACAGAUUACAAAAGAGCUGAUGCAAAUUCUUAGUCAAGAUCGAACCACGCAUUUCGGAACAAGGUCACAGCAUUUAUUAGAGCCUUCAAUGCAGCGGCACUUAACUCACUUUUCGUUGAUAACGCAUGGAUUCGGCUCACCUGCAAUAAUAGCUGUGCUCCAUGCUUUUCAGACGUUUCUUAACGAAUCACUAAAUUAUUUGGAAAAAUUGUACCCUUCUAAUGGAGGCGGAAUGGUAUCAUCAUCUCUGGAUAAAAAUAAACUUGACAACGAUAAAAAAUGAUAGACUAUACUGCAACAAAACGCAAAUCGUAUUUUAAAAAAAAUUUUAAUACAA